AUGGCCAAACUAGGCAAGCCCAAGGGCACUCGUAACAAGAAAACGCUUGAGAGGCUCAAUCAAAUGGCGCAGAACAACAGAGACACCACCUCGUCUUCUGAGUCGCAGCAAUCUCGAGGCCAGGACAUUGAGCUUGAGCAAGAUCUUACUGGCUCUGCUAGUACGCCGGCGUCUAUCACGCAAUGGAUGAAUUGGCCAGCUCUCUCCUCUACAUGCACCGGUAUUGAUUCUGAUAUUGACUUGGGUCUCGACAUACCGAGCAUUCCGAGCACAUUCGGCUUGGAUGCAUUCCUCAGCUCCCUUCCAAUAGAUGAAGGCCUUCAAAAGCCUUUGGCAUCGAUUUUCACAGAUUCUGGAAACCCGUCAGGAAAAAGGCCCCUAAUACAGACGCUUGAUCUGUCGUCCAGUGAUGAUGACGAAUCCGGGAAUUCCUGCGAGUGUUUACGGAUAUUGACAGAGCAGCUGUGCAUUUUAAACACCAUGGAACGCAGGCAUGCCUGGAUUUCCCUAGACGCCAUUUUCUCUAAAACAAGCCACAUCCUGGACAUCGCCGCGAGCGUACUUGACUGUCAACAGUGCGGGAUUGACUCCAAGGUGCUCCUCUUGAUAAUGAUACUGUUACAGACAGUGUUUAACUGGGCUAUGUUGGAGCAGCAUCAUUGUGGAGAUAACUCAAAUACCCCAACUGUAGUCUUCGGCAAGUGGAAGAUGUCUGGUGAGGAGAGCGACAUGGUAAAAACAAUGCUGGUCAACAGGGUUUUGGCCAGGAGCAGUUCCAUUACAGACAAGCUGCGUCAACGGGUUACUCAUAUUUCCCACAUGGCAAAUAACAACACCGUUCCAUACCAGUUAAUGGAUGCGGGAACAUUGGAGUUUGCCUUACAACGGCUCGUCUUUUCGGUAAGGGAGGUUGUACAUCGGGUGAAAAGCAAGACCAUACAACCAUAG